AUGACAUAUGCAAAAUUCCUUCUUCUGAUUUUACUAAUCAACAUUGUAUGCGGACCAUCCGACGGAGCAUCAAUUAAUAAACGAAAGGCAAAGAAAUUACUACGGCCGAUGUUGCCUGAACACGAUAAUCGUUAUGUAUGGUUUACGCGCGAUAUUCACGAAGAUACAAACAUCGAACAACAUCACUCCGAAGAGCAACGCUUGAACAAGGUUUCAUCUGAACAUUUGUUAAACAUUCUAUUGAACAACCGACGACAAUGA